AGAUCUUUUAUUUAUCAAUAAUAAUAAUAAGUAAUAAUCCUGAGACUAUUUUUUUGUCGGCUUUUCUUCAGCACAUCGCCAUUCUGUUUACCUCUCCCGCUCGAAUAGACAGGAAAAUCAUACGAGAAUAACGAAAAAGGGCUUCACCUGACUGUGUUAAGAAAAAGAAAAAAUACUGAAACCACAUGGUACUAUAAUGAAAUCAAAUUCUGGUGUAAACUUUAUCGUCCUAGUAAUUCAUCUCCUUCUUGAGAACUCCGCUGGAGUAUUGGACUGAAUUAGCCAAAUUAGAGGAAUGUUAUUUCGCUUUGUUUCACUUUGUUAUUAUUAUGAGUCGCCAUCCGCCUCUGUAACAGCUAGCCAUCGGAGUAUUUGGGUGUCAGGGUGUAAAACGUUUCAAUGAAUCUUGAUUGUUCAAAAUGGCUUUAAUUGUCACAAAAGAUUCAAACAAACAACAGACGAAGAAAGACAAUACUUCAGGGAAGCUUUAUAACGCACAUGACUACUGUGCGGAUUGUCAAGGAGAAUUAUCUCCAAUGGAUCGGUCUACAUCAACUAUGGACCUUCAAUUGAACCCACCGCUCAAUACAAAAAAGAAAAGAGUAAAAAAGAGUAGGGUGAGUACUAUUUGCACGACGAAUUGCCGUUACGAGAUCAUCCGGCAGACUGCUCGUAAGCUCGGAUUAAAAGAAGGCAGCGACGGCUGGAAUGUGUACUGGACGGAUUUGUCAAUUUCUGUCGAAAGGUGUAAAGAUAUGAAGCGGUUUCAGCGCAUCAACCAUUUCCCCGGGAUGUUGGAGAUAUGCAGGAAAGAUUUAUUGGCUAGGAAUCUCAACCGUAUGCUCAAAAUGUUCCCGGAUGAUUAUAACUUUUUCCCAAAAACGUGGUGCCUUCCAACCGAUAUUCUGGAAAUCAUUGAAUAUUCUAAAACACAUCGACAAAAGACGUAUAUCCUGAAACCAGACUUGGGCUGCCAAGGAAGAGGGAUAUACAUAACAAAAAAUCUAAAGGAUCUGAAGUCGUUCGAAAGAAUGAUAUGUCAGCUUUAUGUCACUCGACCUUUUCUGAUCGACGGAUACAAGUUUGAUUUAAGGGUUUACACACUAAUCACUUCUUGUGAUCCCCUUCGUAUUUUUGUUUACAACGAAGGCCUUGCAAGAUUUGCUACUAAAAAAUAUAGAGAACCAAAUCAAACCAAUGUGGCAAAUAUGUACAUGCACCUUACUAAUUAUUCUGUCAAUAAGCAUAGUCGUACAUAUGUUGUUGAUGAUAUCGAAGGAAGCAAAAGGAGGUUCUCAACGAUAAAUCAAUGGUUUAUCAAAAAUGCAUACGAUGUCGAUAAAAUUUGGGGAGGUAUAGAUGAUGUGAUAAUUAAAACGAUCCUCGUCGCUCUGCCUACAUUGAAGCAUUGCUAUCAGACCUGUUUCCCAGGGCAUGUCGAUUCGCAUGCUUGUUUUGAACUUCUAGGAUUUGAUUUUAUGCUGGAUUUCAAGCUGAAACCAUACAUUUUAGAAGUAAACCAUUCACCUAGUUUUCACACUGACACCCCGAUCGACCAUGAAAUUAAAGAAGCACUUCUCAUGGAUACGUUUUGCCUUUUGAAUUUAGCACAGAAUGAUAAAUUAAAAAUGAUCAACGAGGAGAAAAAGCGUAUAAGAGAAAGGCUAACAAGCAACAAACCCUCAACAAAAGAAAGGGAAUAUGCUGAACAAUUGUUGAAGGGGAAAAUUCACUGGGAGAAUACACAUUUAGGAAAUUUUCGUAAAGUCUACCCUUGCCCAGGAAUGGAAAAAUACGAUUUGUAUUUAAAUGCGGGGAAAAGCUCUUUGUUUACAGAAACAUUUGCUUCGAGGGCCAGAGAAGUUGCAGGAAAGCAACACAGAGAAGAACUGCAGGAGAAGCUAGCAGCUCUCAAUAGGAGUGUGGCAGUAAUGAAAACUCAAAAACAAAUGAAUCAAAAAGAAGAAAAACCACCACCAAAGAAGCCACCAGUAAGGCAGAAUCCAUUUACUUUUGAACCAGUGGCGAUCAGUGAAUCAGAAGAAAAGGAAAGAGUGUCAUCAAUAGCAAAGAGGGAAUUCUUGAUUCACAGUCAUGGAUUGCUGGAGAAGAUUUAUGAUGGCCUAAAACAAGCUGGACAACUUCGUUUGGAAGAUGAAAUUAAAUUUGGGCGUAGCAAUCAAUGGGAUAUUAAUGAUAAAUUUGGUCAGAUGUAUGAUUCGCAUAAGAAGCAUUUUAAUGACAGUAUUACUAAUGUAUUAAAAUUUAUAUCGAAGAAGAGUGAUAUAAAAAAUCCUGACAAAGAGCAGUUGAGUUCAAUAUUUUUAGAUCCACCGUUGGUUCAAGGUGAAAAUAUAGAGAGUCAUUUAGGCCCAUUUGGGGAACAGCUCCCAAUUAAGUCGAAUGAGACGAAAGAACCCUGUGAUGGCUUAGUCACCACUGACGAAAAGGCGAAUGAGUCUGAAGAUGAAGGUAAAAACCCCAUUUUUGAAUCCAUUAUGCAAUUCAUAAAACAAUAUAUCCCUAACACCUAGUCUAGAAGAGGUCCAGAUCCCAUGCCUGUAUUCUUAGAAGAAGAUUUCAUAUUAGAGGCAAGGAGAAAUGAAAGAAAGUUUUAUAUGCAACCACCUUCCUAUUUGUCAGUGAGCAACAGUUGACUUCCCACACA